AUGGUAAUGGCAGAUAAAAACAUGGUUCAGAACGCAGUAAGACCAGCAGAAAACAAGAAUGAAGGUGAUAAUAACGACUGGGAAAAUGAAGAAAAUGAAGAAAAUGAAGAAAAUGAUGAAAAUGAUGAAAAUUGUAACGAUGCCGAAUUUGAAGCAAUAAAUGCUCAAUUAGACCAACUUAAUUCAGUUUUGGAUAACCUGGAACAAAAAAAUGAUGAUAUUCGUGCAGAAUUAAUUCAAUUACUGCACUCAAAUCGAGAAGCAAGAAAACAAUUUCAAGAAUGCAAAGAUUCUUUAAAACCAGAUUUGUAAUAUUUUGUUUUAAACAGAUUACGUAUUGUAAAUAUAUAUAAUAAUAAUAUAAUAUUAUGUUUGUACUAUUCAGUACAAUAUAGUACUAUUUUGAUGUUUAAAAAUUAAACAUUCCUACUGAUAAUCAUUAGGCAUUAUGUAGAAUUAUUUUUAUGCUUUUGUAGUGUAAUGAUAGAAAUAUAAAAACGUAUAUACAUGUA